AAUUAGACCCACACGUGUUUUUAUUGAAAAGAUGAUACCUUGUAACAAAAGACAGACUGGUUACAGUUAUAUUUUUCAAUUUCACAGCUCAUUGGAACAUCUUUGACUUCUUACUUUUACCUUCCACCGUUAAUCGACUCACAACGCAAGUUCGAACUUUAUUUAAAUGGCUUCGUUUUUCAAAAGGUACUUUGAAGCGAGCAAAUGGUGCGAUGGUCUCGCAUGCCAGGUGUGCCUCAGAAAAUACAAAAUAUUUGCCGAGUUCAAGCGUCACAUAUUCUCGAAAGAGCACCAGAAGAAAAUGACCGAAGUGUUUGAGACAGAGGGCCACUCGCUUCACGGCAAGGUCCCGCUCAUCAUUAUUAUGGACCGAAGCUUCCAUCAGACGAACCAACAUCCCAUUUUAGGACUGCAACUGCUGACAGUUUGUUUUAGUCGGGGAAUGGACAACGUUUUGUACUUGUGCCACGUCUGCGAGGAGCUUGUGACGGGUCAGGAUAUCUUGGAGCACAUCACCUCCAGCUUCCACAAAUGCAACUACUAUAGCUUUAGAGAUUCCAUCGAUACGGAGAGGAGGAAAAAUUUAAAGCAGGCCAAUGUGGACAAGGUCGGACCGCUUAAGAUCCUAAAUUUGCCUUAUUGGCUGACUGCCACAUACGCGUCAUCGACCUACUUCCAAGUGAUGACCUGGCUCGGCAUGUUUGUCCAGCUUCCCACGCUGCUCGAAGAUGUGAAGCCCAUGCUUGAGACGGAGAAAGAGUACCAAAAGGUCCACAACAAAUGUCCACUUCCGGAUUCUGCUGAGAAGUCGUACAAAAUACGUUGUCAGAACUGUAACAUCCAGUGCUACAAGUCCAAGGAAUAUUUGCAACACGUGCAAAGCGAGGCGCACAAAAAGACAAUGAAGAGCAUCGCCGGUCACAGUAACAUGAAUUCGUCAGCCGACAUGCAAGAAACCAAAGAUGGCGUUCCUUGUCCGCCAAGUCUGCAAAAUAUCUUAAACCAACUUGGACAGCACAAGCAACGAGGUGUGUCCAUGAUGGUGUUCUGCCACAGCUCGGCGGCGCCGGCGUCUAAAGCCGUUUGCGUGUGUUUCGCAUGCCAGGACGUCGUCCCUCAGUCAACGCUGGCCAAACAUUUGAACUCGCACAAGCAUUUCCUGAAAACACUGUUGCAUCUGAAUCCGUGGCGACUGCCGUUUGGUUGGCGGGAAGUUCUGGGACGCCGGUUCUUGCAGUCCGAGGUGGAGGCAGAAGAGAAGGAAAGAGGGUGGAGUUGGGUGGUUGUGAAGGUGAUGGAUUUACCCUCCUCGAUGUUAAAAACGAUCAACUCACCAAGUUACCAGAACGUGAUGGACAAACUGUCGAGCCACGCCGUUGUGAUGAAACGCAACGUGCCGGUGUGCCAGACGUUCAGCCGCCUCCACGAACACAAAACGUUCCCACUUUUGGGCUGCAAUUUUCUGGUGUCCUACGAGGUCCACGAUGCAGCCCGUCACGCCACGUACAACUCUGUGCUGUGUCUGCUGUGCGGGAGGCGGCUCACGGACCAGGAGGGCUACGCGCACGUUUUCAGCUGGGAACACGUCUUCAUGUUUCUCGACCGAUUCCAUCCCGACUCGGUGAGAAUCGGUUGUGGUGUCAAGGUUUUACUGGAGCAGGCGGCCCAGGCUGCACGCCUUCGCAACGUGUCUUUUAUACAGACAAUAACGUUGGAUAAGCCCAUCGAGGAACCGUGCGAUUACAACAAAGUGAAAUUGAUCCUAAGUGCAGCAAAGCGAAAGAGGAGCAAUAGUCCACUCAUGCCCCUCGUCCUGUCUCGAGCAGUGUUGGUUCCCAAAGAAACUGUGACAUCCUCAACAGCCUCGAACAGCAAGGAACCUGCACACUCUUCAAAAAAUACCAAUGAAAGUCCCAAAGACAGUAAUCAGACAUCCAGCCUCCAAAAGAGUGAGACGAGGCAACAAAAGAGUGGGCGAGGAACUGCAGAAGGUGAGGAAAAAAGGCCCGGUGAGGCUCUGGAUGACAAGCCGGAGUGCAAAAGACAACGAAGGAGUGCUAGAGAAAUCCCGCCGCAUGAAGAAAAGCCAAGCAAGUCCACCUUGCAUGGACUUGCCCCGCUGUCAACUUCCAAGUCCACGACAGACAGCCAUGGCGCCACCGGGACCAAAACCAUUCAUGCUCCGACUGGCACCAAGCCCACGCUAUCGAAUAGCAUUAACGGAACUGCCCCGGUCGCUCCCUGUGCGGCUACCUCCAAGUGUGUGGUGACCCAAUCCAGCCCCAAACCAUCGCUCGUCGUGUCCCCCUCGUUGCAUGAAGUACCCAAAGCGGAACCUAAAAGCGACGCUUCACCAAGCGCUAGCAGCACAGCCCAGAAAAACCCGGCGGCGGAGGCGGGAGUUGGAUCUCAAAAACCCGAAGUGCCGAGUUCCAAGAAGGUGAACAUCAAGGGGGUCGUCAACAGCGACACAGAAGCUUGGGUCUGUAAGACACGCUUGUUCGCCCGACGCCGGACCGCCACAGCCCAGCCAUCGCACAGCAAAGCCAAGCAGACUCUUUCUAAAGUUGGCCUGGGCUUCAUUGUUGCGGUCAACAGCGACGGGAGGAAGCAAUCCUACUGCACGCUAUGCCAUAUCCGAUUGGACCGCUCCAGUCACCCCACGGAAAAUAUUCACUUCCACAACUACAUCAAACGGAGGUUCCCGGAGGUGGAUGACAGGCACUUGGUGGGCAUCAACUUAGAAAAGUUGGCCUUCAGCUUCACUGAGGUGGAGAAGUCUUUGGGACUUCGCAACAUCCAGACAAUCGAAGUGAGCGAGGAAGAGUACAACGAGCUGUCGAGUCUUUCAGAGGCUCAAGCGCUGCAGAGAUUGGAGAAUCAAUUCCGGGUCGGAUCCAAGUCUUUGAUACUUGUGGGACAAGACAGUUCCCUCACCUCCACGCAAGGAAGUUCCACCCUGGAAGAAGCCUCUGACACAGAGGUCCACGUUAGCACUGCCGAUGAUGAGCUGAAGCCCGUUCUUGAGAAAAUCCAUGGACUCAAAUGCAAAGAGCUUUCUGAGACACACUGCCUUGAUUAUAUUGAUUUAACCUUAGAUGAAGAAAACCUGGAAGGCUUUGAGCCCUCAACUUCAGUGCCUUUAAGACAACAACUGCAGACUGAUGAGCUCCCCAUAAACGAUGCUGAGAAGAAUGUGGACGGUUCUGAUGAGCCCUCGCCAUCAGUGUCACUGGUCCCAGACUCCAAGAUUGAGCCAAUUUUAAACGCCGAAGAGAACCUGCCUUACUUGAGUGAGCCCUCACCACCGCUCGUGUCGGGACUCCAGCCUGGUGAUCCAAACUUGAAAGGUGUGGAGACGAACCCAGGAGGCUCCGACACGCUUUCACCUCCAGAGCCGUCAGGAUCAGACCCGCACGUCAGCGGUCCGGGUCCAACUCUGCAAGGACCCAAUAGGUCCUCCAGGUUGUCGCUUGUGGGACAAGACCGGGCAAAGAGUCCGGUUGGGAAGUACAAGGGAGAAAAAUGGCGGAGUCCGAAUCAAAGUGUUUCGCAAGCGGUUCUCCUCGCAGGAACUGCGAGCAACUUGACCAUGUUCUUGUGGGUGAGGGGACUGUCAGUCAUCGGUCUGGCAUCGGUGUACGAGUGUCGUGGGACGUCUUCAUCCUUCUACUUGUGCACGAGCUGCCGCCAGAAGUUCACCGUCAGCGGUAUCUGCCAGCACAUGGUCAGCGUGGAGCACCAGUCGACGUACAUGAAGAAAGAAUUUCCUCACUUUUUGGAGACGUUUUGGUACGAGGCGGACCUCGUAGAAGAAAUGAAACUGGAUAUUUUCAAUGAUAUUGCUGUUAAAGUCGCUGCUGAGGAGCGGGACAAAAAGAUGGAUGCAAAGGUUGUACUACUACUUGAUGAAAUGUACGAGCACGUUUGGAACGCUCCAGCUGAAGAAGCGCUCACCAUGCUGCAGAGUGCCAUGUCCCAGUCCGACAGCUCCUCACAGCAAAUUGAAGCAAGCCAGGCAUCUGAGAAACACAGUGCACACGACAUGGAGUUGUGUGGGGACCAAAAUGAUGUUUUGCUUUCGUCCGCAACUAGCGCAGUCGUCAGUCCGCAAGAGAGCGGCAGAAGUUUUCAGAGUCCGACCCAAGCGCCGAUUUCGAGUUGGGUCUCCAGUACGCGACCUUUCAUCAAAGUGGAAGGGGAGGCGGUGCACUCGCAAUGCAGACCUGAGAACAAAUCGGAUUUGCUUAACCAAACUCCACCUCUUAUUCAAGUGAAGAAAGAACUAAUACCAGUAGAGUCCAAAGUCCCUGUAGCGCUCGCUAAGAAGCAGCCUAGUUUGCAAGUGGAACCUGAGCUGAGGUCUCCAGCAUCAGGAUCUGGAACAACCCCUGGUCCAACUUCUGUGGAGACAUCCACUUUUCAAGUGAAUGUUGAUUUGAACCCCUCAAAGUCCAAACCACUGAGAACUGGUGGAUCCAUUUCUAAGGUGCAGGCUGAACUCUUGCCGCAAGAGUCACAAUCUCUCAAAACCUCUGAAGAGACAGUAUGUCCUGCAUCUGCCAAACUUGUCUCUGAAGUAAGGCCGGAAUUUCAAGUGAAGCAAGAACUAAUGCCACAAGAGUUAACUGCUGGUCCAAGUUAUGGAGUGAGCGCCGAACCGGCGAUGGCAGAACGUGGUGCUCCUACCUUGCAACCGCCUUGGAUUGGUCAGGUGAAAGAAAAAAACGUCCCCUUGGAUAGUGUAACUUCUGUAACUACCAGGCUAAGAUCAGAAACCGAGCCUAAUUGCCAACUCAAAACUUUGCUCUUGGAGGACCUAUCUACUCCAAGCAGCUCUGGAGCUGAACCAAGUUCUCAAGCGAAAGAUGACCUGACACGUUCGCAGGGGAAACUCCACGCCACAGAGAUGCCAUCUCAUUUUUGGGUAAAAGAGCAAGCUCGCGCUAAAGGCGGCGCUUCUCUAGCCGCGACAUCGACAAUUCGUCAAGAUAAAUCCCUUCCCACUAGGAAAAGAGAAUCACUUGAAUCUCUGGACCAACUCAUCUGGAUUUGCAGCAAUAAGACCCCACUGCCUGAGCCUAUGCUUGUCAAAAACGGACUCAAGUCAUCACAAGCCAAGGUGGCAAAGAUCGCUGUGGUUGAGCCUUCAGGGGACCCGGCACAUGGUGACCCGGAAAAGUCUAAGGCAGCAGACAACCGCAGCAACCCGGCGGCAAUGGUGAUGAGCAAAGGCAGCCAGGAUGUAAAAAGCGGCACCAUCAAUCCAUGGACGCAACAAGUGACACUGGAUGCGUUACCCCAUAAGUCGGUCAAUUGCAUGGAAAAGUCCACCAACACUGUUGUCCCCUGUGACCUGAAUUGGCCUGGUGAAGUCAUCGUCAAGCCGGAUACUAGUUGCGUAGAUGCCGGUCCAGAUAACGUUGUCCCUCAAGGCUUUGGGAAUCCUGCUGAAAAGCAAAUCCCAGUGAGCAGUGGCAUGAUUGCCGCAGACCACCAGGCGUCUUUCGCCGGUCCAACGGCAAAACAACCGCAGCCAUUAAAUCCCGGUUCUUGCCAAAUACCUCCGGUCUUAAACGUGCAGCCGGGGUACGAUCACAGGCCAGCUAUGAAUGUAGCUGCAGAGAGUAGUUGCAACAAUGUCGGCCAGACGUACCCGGUGCAGUUUUACAUCCAGCAGGCACCGAACCGAGGUGCUGUGGGGGUGAGUGAGCAAACGGCGGCUUGGCAGAGGCAUCCAAUGCAGCCGCAGUUGCUGCAGCAGCUGCCGUACCAGAGGCUGCCGUGGCUUCCGGCAAAUGUGACCAAUAGCGCCCCCCACCUUUGGACCCACCAUUAUGGCUCCUACUUCGCCACCCCCAUCACACUCUGGGACGUGAUGUCUCAACCCAGUCCACCGAAAUGACGAAAAUGGAAUGUGCAUAAACAAAUUGAAGUGAUGCACCCAAGUUUUAUUUUGUAAAUAUUUCUAUUUUGCUUUCCUCCACUGUCUUUUGUACUUUCGUAUUCAAUGAUGCCGUGUUGGAAUUCCUGUCCAGUUGAAUUUGAUCUGUAAAGUGACUGUCAGCAAUUGGAGCAUAUAAGAAGUUAAAUUAAAUCCACUGUUAACCAGUUCAA